AAUAAUUAAUGUUGUUGAAAAGUUAUGAAGAUGAUAUUGUAGAGGUAAUAGUGCACCUGUACGGCUGCAACCAGAUGUACAAAUGACACAUUUGAACGUAAUACCUGAUAUAAUACCGGGAUCUUAACCUGAAAAUUCAGUGCGGUAAAGAAUUGUGAGAAAUCGAUGCAUUGUUUCUAAGAGAAAUAUAAUUAUGAGUGAUAAAAGUGAUUUAACUGACAUUGAAGGUUCUGAUAAUGAUGACAACAAAGAUAGUGAUUUUAAUAUUGAAGACUAUGAAGAUGGUGUUGACAGUGAGGCAUCAUCAUAUGAAGGUUUGCUGAAAACUAAAACUGAUGAAAACCAUUCCAAAACAGCCAAGGUAGAUGACAAUAAUGAUGAUGAUGAAAAAGAAUAUGUCGGGCCAAUAUUACCCGGAGGGCAUAGAUUUGAUCGCAAAUUUGUAUGUAUUAAAUAUCCUGGAAAUGUUAUUAAUCCAGAAAAGGCAAUUGAAACUUUAGGAGGAAUUUCUGCAAUUUCUACGGCUGUUAAUACUCGCAACAGGAGAUUAGAACUUCGGUUUAGACCAGAUGAUGGCUAUUGUAAACCAGCUUGUGGCGAUAGACAUGCUGUUGCUGGAUUUUUGUUGCGGGUUAGAGUAAAAAAGAAACGAAUAAAAAAUAAUGAGAAUAAUACAAAGGAGACCGGCAAAAACAUAGAGGUAAUAGAAGUAAUACAUGUGAAUAAAGAAAUAACUGAUAACAAUGUAAAGAAUCCAGGCUCAGAUCAAAGUACGCAACAAAAUAUGAAUAUUCCUAUUGAAGAAUCAAAUAAAGAAUAUAUCAAUGAACAAAGUGAAGAUAAAAACAUAGGAAAGUCCAUGGAAAACUUAGCAAAUCAAUUAAACAAUUGCAAAGUUAUUUCAACCGAAUGUGAAACACAUGAUGAAACAGAACAAUCCAAUACAAAGAAAAAUAUUGCAAAAUCCAACCCUAAAGAAGAAGAGUAUCAAUCUUUUGCCAAGAACCCUGUAUGUCCCGAAUCUAAAUCAAAUGCCGAUAAUGUAAGCAACAAUAGUAAUAAUACACCAGAGACAAAAUCAAAAGAAAACGCCUUACCAUCAUUCGACAGCAAUAAGUAUGAAGAUUUAUCACAAGAUGAGGACUAUGAACUACCAAAAUUAAAAGUCUUAGGACGAAUUGAUACAGAAUUCAAGUUCAUGAAUUUGUGCGAUUUUCAAUAUUUACCGAUCACACGUUCGACGAAGAAUCCAAAGGAAAAUGAAUGCAUAUACAGUUCCAUUUAUCCAACAACCGUCCCACCGUAUCAAUGGCUGAAAAACAAAGUGCCAUACUUUUUGCCACCCGCUGCAUUCAGUAGAAUGGAUAACGUACAGCAAUACGUACCAAAAACAGAAACUGAUACACUUCCACAAAAUAUUAUCGGUAAAACUAGAAAGCGGCGUGCUGGUUUUUCAAACUUUGUCUACUUUAAUAUGCCGAACGUACCAGAAACCCCGCCAAAAGGUAUCGAAUCCGCCAUGAAAGUCAAAUUUCUGCAGAGUUUCCACUUAGAGAGGGUACGAAAAAUGUUUGAGCAACGUCCAAUAUGGUCAAAAAAUGCACUAAUAUAUGAAACAAAAUUUACUGGUGAUCAAUUGAAAAUAUUGCUGCCUUCUGUGGCUUAUUAUUUUAUGAAUGGACCAUGGCGGAUCAUGUGGGUCAAAUUGGGUUACGAUCCCAGGACCGAUCCUACGUCUAGGAAAUACCAAACUCUUGACUACAGACUGAAAGCUAUGCACGGUUUGCAAGCGACGAUCAAGUGCAAACGGAGUUACUCAAAUUAUAUUUUACCAUACAAAUCAGCUCCUAUAUCAAAACCAAAAACUACAGUACUCACUGCAAAUUUGUCCCAGGACCAAAAUCGAAAACAGGAACGAUUGUCUAAUGAGAACAUGUAUAUUUAUCGAGAAGGUACUGUACCACCAUCGCGACAAAUGUUUUAUCAGUAUUGCGAUGUUCUCGUGGACGAAGUACAGGAAAUGCUGGCCAAGUUACCGGAUCCACCACCAGGUACAAAGUGUCAUGAAAAAAUGGGAUGGCUACCAAAUGGUUUCGAUGAUCAAUGCAGGGAAAUCAUCAAUAAACAAGUUCGCGUCGUACUUAGAAAGAAAAUGAACAUUCCUGAAGAUCAUCCAACAUCAUUACCCAGGAAACGAAGGUUCGGUGGUAAAGUCAAGAGGAAUGUGCUACUAACUAGAAAAUCGAAGAAAAGUAAAUUAUUAAAUCCCAGUUCCUCCUCCAUUCACAUGGAAGUCGUUCCUCAGGGAUCUGACGAAGAAUGGGAAAAUUGUACGAACUUGGACGAACCAGGUACAAGUUCAAAGGUCACUUAACUCUUGUGAUCCUCAUGUAAUCUUGGUAUCUCAAUUAAAAUGACCUUCAUUCUUUGUAUACGGUUUAAUGCAAGACAUAAUUGAGCAUUCUUAAAUACAGAAAUUU